CAAAACCCUUUCUCCCUAUCCCCCCACACCUCAUCGUCACUCGUCUCUGUCUAAUCUUCAUUUCUCUUGUCAGCUGCCAUGGCUCUAACCCUAGCUCGCUCGGUGGCAGUUCGCUACCUUUCCUUCUCUCUUCUGCCUAAACGCCUUUUCUCUACCACUGCCACUCUCACCACUCCUCCUCGCCUCCCGUCUGCUUUUCUCUGCCGCCGGUCUCUCCCCGCCUUGUCUCGCGCAGCCCCAUCCCUUUUUUCUGCUACCCGUUUCACCGCAAUAAGAUGCCGGGUCAACCGGUCCGGAAACUCCGCAUACUCGCCCUUAAACUCCGGGUCCAACUUCAGCGACCGACCACCCACUGAGAUGGCCCCGCUCUUCCCGGGCUGCGAUUACGAACACUGGCUCAUCGUUAUGGACAAGCCCGGAGGCGAGGGUGCCACCAAGCAGCAGAUGAUCGAUUGCUACAUCCAAACCCUAGCCAAAGUUGUUGGCAGUGAAGAGGAAGCAAAAAAGAAGAUCUACAAUGUCUCAUGCGAGAGAUAUUUUGGAUUUGGCUGUGAGAUUGACGAGGAGACAUCAAAUAAGCUAGAAGGCUUGCCUGGCGUUCUCUUUGUGCUUCCGGAUUCUUAUGUUGAUCCUGAAUACAAAGACUAUGGGGCCGAGUUGUUUGUUAAUGGAGAGAUAGUCCAAAGACCACCUGAAAGACAGAGGAGGGUGGAACCACAGCCCCAGAGAGCUGGAGAUAGACCAAGAUACAAUGACAGAACCCGCUAUGCUCGUCGCAGAGAAAACAUGCGGUGAAAUGGGAAAGAUGGAACCUACUUGUGUAGAUAUUUUGUGGGAAGAAAGAGAAUAUGAGGUUUCCUAUGAAUUUCUUAUUUAGGUCAUGCUCCGUGCUCAUGCUCAAUGUUCUGUGAAGUUGUUUCCGGAAGCUUUGAUGACACUGUAGGCUAAUUUGAUUUCAACUAUAUAUUGUGUUGUUUUUCCUAUGUACUUGCUAUUUUCUAGAGGGGUACCAGGACCUUAUUGCAUGUGAGAUUCCGACAUGUCAAUAGGAACUGUUCAUUUGCUGGUCAACUGGGAACAGCAAAAAUAAUGACUAGUCAUUACUGGGAACAGAAAAGUAA